AUGGCGAGCGCCCAGCCGGGGGUCCAUGCACUGAAACUCCAGCCUCCCUCCGUGUCAAGAACACUGAGGAACGGAAGCAACUUCACUAAGUGGGACGAGGAUCUGUCUACAGUGACUCCAGUGACACUGUGUGUGGAUCCACAUGGAUUUUACCUCUACUGGACUGACCAGAACAAGGAGACAGAGUUGCUGGACCUGACCCUGGUGAAAGAUGUCCGAACAGGGAGAAGCACCAGAACACCCAAGGAGGCCAAGCUGCGGGAGCUGCUGGACGUGGGGAAUCUGGUUGGUCGGCUCGAGAACCGCAUGGUCACCGUGGUUACAGCUUCAGACCUGGUCAACGUCAGCCAGCUGAACUUCAUCGCCACACAGGAGGAAGAAGCUAAGAUGUGGUGCGAGGAGCUGUUUUCUCUGGCCUCCAACCUGCUGAGCCACAAUCUCAACAGAGACCAGAGUCUUCUCAAGGCGUAUGUGAGGUUAACUCUGCAGCCAAACCCAGAGGGGAGAAUUCCUGUCAAGAACAUCUUCCGGCUGUUUUCAUCAGACAGGAAGCGAGUGGAGAAUGCCCUGGAGAGCUGCAGGCUGCCCUACGCACGGGGUGACAGCAUUAAACUGGAGGACUUUUCUCUGGACGCCUACAGAAACUUCCUGGACAGUCUGUGUCCCCGCCCCGAACUCAGCAACGUCUUUAAACUGCAAGGCAGCAGUGACGCCUCUCUGUCCAUCGACCAGAUGACAGAAUUCAUCAACAACAAGCAGAGAGACCCGAGGCUCAACGAAAUCCUCUACCCUCCUCUCCGCCCCGCCCAGACACACAGUGUCAUGGAGAGGUAUCAGCACGACACGUCACUGCUGAAGCAAGGCUUUAUCUCCCUCCAGGCGUUCGCCAGUUACCUGUCCAGUGAUGAAAAUGGAGUCAUUCCACCUGAGAAACUGGACCAGUCUGAAGACAUGAGCUUCCCCCUGUCCCACUACUUCAUAAACUCAUCACACAAUACAUAUCUGACAGCCGGCCAGCUGGCUGGCAGCUCCUCGGUGGAGAUGUACAGACAGGUUCUGCUGGCUGGAUGCCGCUGUGUGGAGUUAGACGUGUGGAAAGGCCGGACCGCUGAGGAAGAGCCUGUCAUCACACACGGAUUCACCAUGACAUCAGAAAUCUCCUUCAAGGAAGUGAUUGAGGGCAUCGCAGAGUGCGCCUUCAAGACCUCCCCUUUCCCCGUCAUACUGUCCUUUGAAAACCACGUGGACUCAUUGAAGCAGCAGGCUAAGAUGGCUGAAUAUUGUCGCUCUAUCUUUGGAGAUGCUCUGUUGAUAGACCCCCUGGACAAAUACCCUCUGGAGUCUGGCGUUCCCCUGCCCAGCCCUCAGGAGCUGAUGGGCAAAAUUCUCAUCAAGAACAAGAAAUCCCACAAACCCCCAAUCGCCCCCGACACCAAGAGACUGACGGACCAACCGGCCAAUCACAAUGAGUCCAUGUCUCCUAGCAACAACCCAGGAGAGAUGGAGGCUGAGAGUGAGGAAGAUGAUGAUGAUGAAGAUGAUGAUGGUAAAAAGGGCUCAGCAGAGCGGGAGGCCAUCGCUACAGAGGAAAUGUCAACUCUGGUAAACUACAUCCAGCCAACCAAGUUCAACUCCUUCGAAGCUUCCAAGAAGGCAGGCCGCUGCUUCCAGAUGUCAUCAUUUGUGGAAACCAAAGCUUUGGAGCAUCUCACCAAGUCACCAGUGGAGUUUGUGGAAUAUAAUAAAUCCCAGCUGAGUCGUAUCUACCCAAAAGGCACCAGAGUCGACUCCUCCAACUUCAUGCCUCAGCUCUUCUGGAACGCUGGCUGUCAGCUGGUGGCUCUCAACUACCAAACUAUAGAUCUGUCCAUGCAGCUCAAUCUCUUCAUGUACGAGUACAACGGUCGCAGCGGCUACAGGCUGAAGCCGGAGUUCAUGAGACGGCCCGACAAACACUUUGACCCCUUCACAGAGAACACGGUGGACGGCAUCGUGGCGAACACUCUCUCUGUCAAGGUAAUUUCAGGCCAGUUCCUGAGUGAGCGGAGAGUGGGUGUGUAUGUGGAGGUGGAGAUGUUUGGACUUCCUGUUGACACCAGGAGGAAAGCACUGAAGACCAAAACCUCUCAGAACAAUAACGCCAUCAACCCGGUGUGGGACGAGGAGCCCAUCAUCUUCAAAAAGGUGAUUCUCCCCACUCUGGCCUCUUUGAGAAUUGCUGCUUUUGAAGAAGGAGGGAAGUUCAUCGGUCAUCGCAUUAUUCCAGUGUCGGCAGUAAGACCAGGUUAUCGUUACAUCGGCCUGAGGAAUGAGAAAAACCAGUCUCUGGUUCUGCCGGCUGUGUUUGUCUACAUAGAGGUGAAAGACUACGUCCCAGACACCUUCGCAGAUGUGAUCGAGGCUCUGUCCAACCCUAUUCGGUACGUCAACCUGCUGGAGCAGAGGUCUAAACAACUGGCGGCUCUGACUCUGGAGGACGGAGAGGAGGAGACACAGACUGAGGAUGAGGUUGAGAGCUCUGUGGAGCGUAAGAAUGAUCUGAGGCCCACUCCACUGGAGAACGGCCUCAGCCCCACCUCCGGACCCUCAGGCCACACCCCCAUCGCCACGACGCCCAAGGCCUCCGCAGCCAAUCAGCAAACAGCUACCACAGAAGCAGCCAAACCCGCAGCCAAGACUGAAGACCUCGUUUUAAGUGUUUUGAUAGAUGUUCCAGUGUGUACCAUAGAGACUCUGCAGCAGUCCAAGGUUUACCAGAAAGAGCAGAGACGACAGUUUAAGGAGCUGAAGGAGUUAGUCAGGAGACACCAGAAGAAAACCUCCGAGCUCCUCCGAGAGUUUAACAACAAAUACAAGAAGACUGCCAGGCAGCGCAGCAAGAGCAGGAAUGCAUGUGAUAGUGAGAAGGAAGAGCGCCUCCAGCAGCUGAGAGAGGAACAGCACCAGCAGCUCCUGGCUUUGAGACAAGAACAAUAUUAUAGUCAGAAAUAUCUGCAGAGAGAACAUAUUAAAACACUGACAGAGCGGCUGAGCAGCCUGGCUGAGGAGAGUCACAACGCCCAGAUGAAGAAACUCAAAGACAUCUGUGACAAGGAGAAAAAAGAGUUGAAGAGGCAGAUGGAUCGGAGGAGAACAGAGAAGAUCAACCAGGCAAAGACCAAAGAAAAACAUCUCGCUGAGGAGGAGAAGAUCGAGAUCAAUAAGUCUUAUGUCAAUGAGGUCGUCCAGAACAUCAAACGGCUAGAGGAGACUCAGACAAAGCGUCAUGAUCAGCUGGUGGAACAGCACAACGAGCUGCUGCAGGAGAUACUCGACCAGAAACCAAAGCUGCAAGGGGCCAUAGAGUCAGAGUUUCAGGAGAAGUUCCAGCGGUUGCCAGGAGAGAUUCAAGACUUCCUGCAGGACAGGAAGCCAGAGGUCAGAGGUCACAGCAAGACCCACUCAUCGACCCCACACGACACUCUGUCAGAGGAAGACUGAAGACAGAAGGGAAGGGGAGAAAGCUGUAGACUGCAAGUAGGGGGAAAGGAAGGA